AUGUCGCAGUUGAACGGAGCCUACUACGGCCCCGCUAUUCCGGCGCAGAAGUCCUACAACCGCCCAGGGAGGGGCGGUGUCUGCGGCUGCUGCUGUGGCUGCCUCUUCAGCCUCAUCUUCAAGCUCAUCCUCACGGUAAUCAUCAUCGUGGGUAUCGCCGCGUUCCUCUUCUGGCUCAUAGUUCGUCCCAACGUGGUGAAGGUCCACGUCACUGACGCCACGCUGACGCAGUUCAGCUACAGCAACAACACCCUCCGCUACGACCUCGCCCUCAACAUCACCGUGCGCAACCCCAACAAGAGGCUGGGCAUCUACUACGACAACAUUGAGGCGCGCGCAUUGUUCCACGACGCCAGGUUCGAUUCCCAGUACCCGGAUCCCUUCUACCAGGGGCACAAGACCACGAACGUGCUGAACCCCGUGUUCAAGGGGACGCAUGUGCUGGCUCUCGACGCUGACCAGAGCGCCGAAUGGAACAAGGAGAACGCCACUGGGUUGUACCAGAUCGAUGUGAAGAUGUACCUGAGGGUGAGGUUCAAGUUGGGCGUGUUCAAGACCAAGACGGUCAAGCCUAAAGUUAGCUGCGACUUGCUCGUGCCUCUGAAAGGAAGCGCCACCGUCUUUGAAACCACCAAGUGCGACUGGAGUCGCUGA